GCCAUAUUCUGUUCUUUCUACCAGAUCUGGUCAAACGAAUGACUGGUUAUCGAGUGAUUAAUGUACACAAACGUCCAAUCCAUCACACCUUAAUCCAUAGUUAUUGUCCGAUCCACGCCAUCACAAUGGCAUUGUCCAAGUCCUCGGUGGAACUGUUGCAUCGGCGUCAGAUGAUUCGAAGAUGUCGAUUGUCGAUCAAAGCCCAAGGCUUACGCAUGGACUUAGUAGGAAGCACCCGAAGGAGCGGCGGCGGGAGCACCCGAGGCAGCGGGAGCACCACCAGCAGCGCCAGAAGGAGAGGGGCCGUUAUCACCAGCGACGCCGGAGGGAGCAGCACCGGAAGGAGAGGGGCCGUUGCCGCCAGCAAUUCCAGAGGGAGCAGCACCGUUACCACCGAAAGAGCCGGAAGGGGAGGGACCGUUGCCACCAGCGACGCCAGAAGGAGCAGCACCGCCGAAAGAGCCGGAAGGAGAGGGGCCGUUACCGCCAGCAACGCCGGAGGGAGCAGCACCGUUGCCGCCGAAAGAGCUAGAGCCAGAGCCCUGCUCAGAGGGGGAGCCCUGCUCGGAAGAGCCCUGAGAUCCCUCGGAGUCGAAUCCCUGGGAGUCAGAUCCCUGAGACUGGGUGCGCUCAGACUGGGAGCCCUGAGACUGAGAGUCCUGGGACUGGCCCUGGGACUGGGAUUCCUGGCCGCCGAAGCCGCUCUGGCCCUGCUGGCCCUGCUGGCCCUGCUGACCCUGCUGACCCUGCUGACCCUGCUGGCCACCGAAGGAGCCAGAAGGAGAAGGACCGUUGCCUCCAGCAACACCGGAGGGAGCGGCACCACCGAAAGAGCCGGAAGGAGAGGGGCCGUUGCCGCCAGCAAUACCAGAGGGAGCGACACCACCGAAGUCACCUCCAGCAGCAGCGGAGCCGGUCGGGACAGGGACGGUAGAGGCGGAAGCGGGGAUUUCGAGCUGGCGUCUCUUGUGGCCGCGAGGAGCUCCGGAAGGAGCGGGGGCAGCGGAGCCAGUGGGAGGAGGUUGAGGAGCAUCGCCCAAGCUCACGGUGGGAGCCUGGCCCUGUCCUCCGAAACCCUGGCCCUGUCCUCCAAAACCCUGGCCCUGUCCACCGAAGCCCUGGCCCUGGCCCUGAGGAGCACCCGAGGGAAGGGGAAGGGGAGAACCGGAGGGAGCGGCACCCUGGAAGGAGGGAGCUCCGCUGGCCUGAACACCAUUGGGAGCAGAGUCUUGCUGGGCACCCAUGGCCGGCAGGGCGGCAGCGUAACCGAUAAGACCAGCAAAAGCGAUUCCGGUGAACUUCAUCUUGAAAGGAUAGAGAGUGAUGGACUUGUAGUAGUAAGUGAGAAAAAAAAAAGAAGGCGAAAUGAAAGUACGAAGCACAGCUUCUUAAGGAAUGGUAGUUGAGAUCAAAGGAAAGAGAAUUUGAGCUGAAUGAAGGAUGAUUCUGGCUGGGAAAAGGGUCGCUUUUAUACGGCAGUCUCGAAGCGCUGAGUCGGCCAAGACCUUGCGAUGAUCACCUACAUCCAACUGCUGCGAUGCGUGAGAGGAACCAAGCAUUCGUCAUGCACUGUUGUUACCGAGCUCGCCCCAGUUGAAUCUGAGACGUCGACUGUCAGCAAUAGAUCAGGUUAUGCUGGAGAUGCAAGAACCGCAUAGAUCGC